GGUUCAAUUUGCUUUGCUGUCAAGUUUUACAACGAACCAACCUUUUCUAUGUUUUGUAUGAGUGUGUUGUUAUGUGGUCUUGUGACCAGAAGAGCCUGAAAUUUGCAACCCGUGAUUGUUUUCUUCGAACGUCCAGCGAAACAGUUCAACAGAGGGAUUCCGAUUGAGCUUGAAUAAAAUCUUGGUUUUUCAGCAUGUCGUCCAAGGAUCGAAUUCCGAUUUUCCCGUCGCGAGGCGCUCAAAUGCAAAUGAAGGCUCGCCUUGCUGGUGCCCACAAGGGACACGGGCUCUUGAAAAAGAAAGCGGAUGCUUUGCAGAUGCGUUUUAGGAUGAUUUUAAGUAAAAUUAUCGAGACCAAGACGUUGAUGGGUGAAGUAAUGAAAGAGGCGGCCUUUUCCCUGGCAGAGGCGAAGUUUGCUUCCGGUGACUUUAAUCAAGUCGUGCUACAAAAUGUCACUAAAGCCCAGAUCAAAAUACGUACCAAGAAGGAUAACGUUGCUGGAGUUACGCUGCCAGUGUUCGAGUCUUAUCAGGAUGGCUCGGACACCUACGAACUGACCGGUUUGGCAAAGGGUGGACAACAGCUUCAGAAGUUGAAAAAGAACUACCAAAGCGCUGUUAAGCUGCUAGUGGAGCUGGCAUCGCUCCAAACAUCGUUCGUCACGUUAGACGAAGUGAUCAAAAUCACCAACCGUCGUGUAAAUGCGAUUGAACAUGUAAUUAUCCCAAGAAUUGAUCGUACGCUGGCUUACAUCAUCUCAGAGCUGGAUGAGCUGGAACGCGAAGAAUUCUAUCGUCUGAAGAAAAUUCAGGACAAAAAGCGUAUUGCCAAGAAAAAGGUAGAGGAGAAGCGGGCAGCUCUGUUGCAGGAAGGCAUCGAUGUGCGUAACCAGGCUAACAUCCUAGACGAGGGCGAUGAUGAUAUUCUGUUCUAAAAGCUUCGUAGCCGUGCAUUCCACAGUGCGAUUUGAUUGCGACUAAAAUUCACUCCCUGUCUGGUUACACGCAAUACUGCAGUCGGUAUGCGCAAGCAGACGCGUAUUCACACAACCGAUCAUAGUUUCGCCUUAUUCAUGUUCUGUUGAAUUGUUAUAUGAUUUGUAUAUGUUUCUAGAACUUUAUUUUUUGCAUCCGUAUGUGUGUGUGUGAUUGAGGUUCUCUUUUGCAAUGCUUCGAUUCGAGAACCACAUGUAUUGCAUUACAAGUGAAAAUGGUAUAACGUAAAUAAAUGCACAAGAUUCAACAUUUUCGCCUGCAAACCAUUACCACUGUGCAAUCUUACAAUUACAUAGAAUGAAAUUUAAAUUGUAUUCAAGCACCGAUGGAAAGGAUAAAAUAUAGAUGUUAUAAAAUAUGUAGUCUAUAAA